UUUGAUGAUCAUGGCAAAGACACCGAAUUUCCCUUUCGAUGUUCGAUCCUACGACGUCCACGUCUAUUUCUUCCAGACCGAUCAGGCCCAGCUGCGCCAGGCCAGGGAGCUCCAGGACGAGAUACGCGGCAAAUUCCCCCAAUUCAAGAUCAAGGUGUGGGACAAGCCAAUUGGCCCUCAUGGAAUUGGGAAUUUCGAGGUAAAUCUCAUGAAGCACGAAGAUUUCGUUGAGUUUGUGACCUGGAUCCCUCUCAACCGGCGGAAUUUCUCGGUGUUGAUCCAUCCUAACACCGGAAACCCUCUGCGAGAUCACACGGCGCAUGCGAUGUGGAUCGGCCAGAAGCAGGUACUCAAUCUGAGCGUGCUCACGGAAGACGACGAUGGCUAUGGCUACUUCUCAUAAACCCUAAAGCAGAGCUCUUCAUACGCAUUUUAGGGUUCUUAGUGGCCACUAUGGCGUUUUCUCUAUCAAUAUCUCCAUUUUGCGCUCAAAUUCCCGCGUUGCGAGCGAAGAGAAUCAAAUCGCGUCCAUUGGGCUCUAUAAAAUCAAGCUCACGGCCAGAAAUUCCAGUGCAAAAAGAGAUCUUCAAGCCCACAGCGCUGUAUCUAGCAGCAGCGCUUGGAAUUGGCUAUGGUGUUCUUUCCCACACGCAUCCAGACGCCGCGCACGCAGCGAUCGAUCUUCACGGCUCCACAGAUGGGAGAAAUUUGGGGGAUUUGGCGAUGGGGCCGGAGGGGCCAUUGCUGGAGGAAUUCUGGGAUAACAUGAGGAGAUAUGGGAUCUAUUUCUUGACGGUGGCGACUGGAGGGCUCUAUUCGAUCUUCAAGCCCAUCUUUGAUCUUCUCAGCAAUCCAGUGACUGGAGUUCUAGCAGUGAUUGUGAUCGUGGGCGGGCUCUAUCUCGUCUAUCUCACGCUCAGUGCCAUGCUUGGCGUCUCGGAUUAUCCAUAUUAAAUCUUUUUGUUUUUUUAAAUGUUUAAAUCUUUCGCGCCAA